UGAGUCUGGAGCAGCAAGCCGCGAAGCUUCACUGGCUCUCCUCGCCUCCACUCAGUGCGGGAAUACAGCAGCGGAGAGCGGCAUGGACACGGAAGGGAGCCCGAGCAGCCUGUCGUCCGGAACAGACAACUCCCCCCACGACCCCUGCAAAAUGUUCAUCGGGGGUCUGAGUUGGCAGACGACACAAGAGGGCUUGAAGGACUACUUCUGCAAAUUUGGCGAGGUGAAGGAGUGCAUGGUGAUGCGGGAUCCCGUCACCAAGAGGUCGAGGGGGUUUGGGUUUGUUACAUACGCAGACCAGGCCGGCGUGGAGAAGGUUCUGGCCCAAAACAGACAUGAGCUGGACUCAAAAACAAUCGACCCAAAAGUUGCUUUCCCUCGCCGGGCUCAGCCUAAGUUGGUCACACGGACAAAGAAGAUCUUUGUCGGAGGGCUUUCAGUCAACACCACCAUCGACGACGUGAAGCAAUACUUUGACCAGUUUGGAAAGGUUGACGAUGCCAUGCUUAUGUUUGACAAAACAACCAACAGACACAGAGGUUUUGGUUUUGUCACCUUUGAGAAUGAAGAUGUGGUGGAGAAAGUGUGCGAGAUUCACUUCCAUGAGAUCAACAACAAAAUGGUGGAGUGUAAGAAAGCACAGCCUAAAGAGGUGAUGACGCCUACAAGUUCAGCUCGAGGUCGAUCCAGAGUGAUGCCCUACGGGAUGGACGCUUUCAUGCUGGGCAUCGGUAUGCUCGGCUACCCAGGUUUCCAGACUGCUACCUACACCAGUCGCAGUUACUCUGGAAUCGCACCUGGUUACGCCUACCAGUUCCCAGAAUUCCAUUUAGAGAGGACCCCCCUCCUGACAUCUUCCCACCCCCCUGAGCUGGCAGCCAUUCCCUUGACUGCAUAUGGACCAAUGGCAGCAGCGGCAGCAGCAGUUGUUAGAGGCUCCACCCCUUCUCGCACAGCUGGCUUUCUGAGCACCAGCAGCCCUGGACCAAUGGCUGACUUGUAUGCAGCAGCAAAUCAGGACUCAGGAGUUAGCAGCUACAUCAGCGCGGCCAGCCCUGCCCCCAGCACAGGGUUCGGCCAUGGUCUAGGGGGUCCUCUGAUUGCUACUGCGUUCACUAAUGGCUACCACUGAGAUGACUCAGGUCAUAGAUGAUUUGAGGGCUUCUCUUCUGCUGAUAAGCCAAUCAAAUGCUGAGUGCUGUGACGGCACAACCUGAUUGGCUGGCUGCAGGCUCUGCCUGGCUGUCCUGGCUCCCUGUGGCUCCACCCACCGACUGAAUAUCUUUUUAAAAACUGUUUUUGCUGUACUAAUCUCAACAUAAUAUCCCAGUGUGUCCUCUUUCGUCCUCAUAUACAUUAGACCCCCCCCUCCCCCCAGAUAUGUUAUUUUCUUUGGAAACUGAGAAAAGAAAACUGCAAAAAAAAAGGCUCUGAGAUAACCUUUGUCAUUUUUGACAAAGGUGAAGAGGACUAUUUUUUCUAAUUUUAUUGUAUCUCACUGUGUCUCACUGUUUCAUCACGGAAUCCUUGCUGUUUCUGACAAAACAAACCUGGCAUGAUGGGUUUUUCUUUGCAAAUCCUUUUUAACAUACAAUGAACAAAUCCAACAAUAAGUCAUUUUUCUAAGCAUCAUGGAAACACAAGAAAAAAAAACCAACAAAAAUGUAUAUUUUGAUAGUCUUUAAAAACAAACCUUUGUAAUAUUGUUAUUAAUAUUGACAUAAUUAUGAUAAUCUGUGAGGUAUUUUAUUCUGUAUUUGGUUUUAAAGCAAUGUUUUUAUGUCUUCCUGUAAAAUAUUGUACAUACACAUUGGGGCGGGCGGGUGGCGGGACUACUGAACCAGCUGGCAUGUAAUUGGCUGGUUUGGGGAGGGUUAACAUCUAUUUCACUGGAAGUCCUAUAUAUUAUAUGUGGUCAUCUCACUACUAACUACUCUGAGUAUACAUAAGGCUCAUUUGUACGUCGUUGGCCAGUCCUCUCCAGCAUUGUAGCAGCGUGGCGCUGUCGGUGAUAAGAAAUACUUCCAGGACUUUGUCUUGCCUUCAUGUUCUUUUACAAGUCAUAACUUCUUUGCUUUUCUUGAAGCAGCAGCUAUGAUUUUUUGUUUUUUUCUCGUUUUACUAAUGAUGGCGAAACAGAUUUCCUGCAUCUGCAUGACAACUCCUUACAGUGACGAUGAUGGACGAUGAUGAUGGAGGAAUUACAAGCUUAUACAGGAGAAAUCAGGGCUUUGUUGGGUUGGGGAUUUGACUUGACUUCCUUUUUUUUUGUUUUUUUUCCCUUUUAGCCAUUCACUUCUUAAUUUUUUGGUCUAUUUUUUUCAUUUUUUAUGUGUUUAUGCGGUGUUUUACCGUGGAAAUAAAUGAAGGACAUUCUUUGAGAAAUGACUGUAGAAAAUGUCACGAUAAUGUUUUAUUUCUUAUCACUUUUGAAGGUGCAUGUGAUUGCGUCUGAGUGUGCGUGAGUGAGUACUGGUGUGCUUACAUCAAGGUAUGAUAUGGAACUACUUCUGGCAACCAGUGGCGCUUUUGGGUUGCCAGCGUUUGGUACUGAUAUGACUGCCCUGUUCGUUUUGUUUCACUGUUCUCCACUGCUUCCCUCGCAUCUCUUCUUUUGUCUUCAUGGGUUUGUACUCCUCCACAUAAUUGUCAAUUAUAUACUAUUGCUGCUCCGUUUAAUUGGGGAUGGAAGGGUUUGAGCAGGGAAAAUGAAAUGUAACAGGGUCUAGUCCCAGUCGGCUCUGACACAGGGUCUGGCUGGAAGGCGAAGUCAAAUGAUGGAACAAAUCAACAUGUGCAAAAAAAGAAAACAAAAACAAAACAAGUGACCUGUUUGUUCAGCCUUCUCGCUGCAGCUUGUUUAAUGUUAAGCACAGCGAGACACUUGAAGCCACUUCCUCAGACAGCCAGUCGUUCCUCUGUCAGACCAUCUGGGACGUGACACAAAAACUACUGCUGGACACCUACACUGUAACUUUUUAACUUACAAUAAAGCAAUAAGUUAUUUUGUACCGUACAAAUGAAAAUAGUGCUAUUAUUGGUCAAAGUGACGACUUGUGGAUUAUUCUGCGGCAUUAAGACUUAUUUUGCGAUAAGAAAAAGUAUAUUUUUCUGUUUUGAGACCUUGCUCCCCUAGUGUGAUGAGUUCAAUGACGGUUUGGCUUGUGGUCAUGUGAGGAAAAGGGCCAACGCUUUGAAUGGGGCUUGUAGCUCUGCACAAGGUCAAAACGUUUUGGGAUGUCCCCCGCCAAGCUUUACAGCAGUUCUUUUCUUAUUUCCUUGUUUUCUUCCAAAUAUU